AUGAAAAAGAGGAAUACGUUAAGUACAAGCUAUGGGCGCUUGAAGGGUCGUGUGAGUCGUUAUGAUAUGAACAGCUCAUAUAAUUUAAAUGAGCAUAAAAAUAAUAAAAAUAGUGCACUAGAAGAAAUAAAAGAUUAUAAAACUGGUGAGACAUCACAUGAUAAUAUAAAUGGUAACAACAUAAAUAAUAAUAAGAACAUAAAUAAUAAUAACAAAAUAAAUAAUAACAAAAUAAAUAGUAGUAAUAAUUGUGCACUUGUAAAUUCUUCCAACACGAUUAAUAACAACCUGAACAACAUUAAUAAUAUUAAUAAUAUUAGUAAUACAAACCAUAGUGUUAAUAAUAGUACUUACCAAAGUUGUAAUAAUAAAUAUAAUAAAAAUGGAUUUGUUUAUGAUUAUAAUACUUAUUAUACAAAAAAGAGUUCUGAUCUUAAGGGCAAAUUAAAAAACGAAAAUGAAAGCAUGAAUUCUGAUGGGAAUAAUGAUGUGACAAGGAUCAAUUCUAAUCAUAGUAACAACAUUGUAUUAAACGAUCUUAAUAAUAGUAUGAAUAGUUUAAAUAUUCCAAAGGAUAAUAACAUAUCUCAUGUAAAUAAUAUGACUCCUAUAAAUAAUAUGAUGAAAGGAAUUAAUAAUAGGAAUGAUUCAGUCAACACACAUAUGUACAAUAUGAAGAACUUAAAAGACAUACGUUUAUAUAACCAUAAAGAAAAAAAAAAUGUGAAUGAAGAAAAUGUAAAUGUGGAUCAAGAUAAUGAAGAAAAGAAUUUAGUAGAAACACAAAAUGAAAAUGAUAAAAGAAAUGAAAAAAAAGAAGAGGAUGAUGAUGAAGACGUAGAUGAAGCUGAAGAAAAAGAAGAAGAGGGUAUGAAAUUAUUAAGAGAAAAGAUAUGUUUUAAAAUGUUAAAGAGUAUAGAUAUUUAUAUUACAGAAAUAAUUAUGAAAUCUUGUUUUGUUACUGUAUACAAGAUGAAAGAUGAUGAAUUGAAAUGGAAAAGAGCAGAUAUUGAAGGGUUUCUUUAUAUAGUUAAAAGAUCUAUAAAACCAUAUUACCGUUUAAUAAUUACAAAUAAAAAAAAUGAAAAACAUUUAUUACAAGAUAUUGAUACGAACAUGAAUUUGUCUACUGAUCAAAAUUAUAUUUUUUAUAGAAUUAUAAAUGAAGAAACCAAUGUGAGGAAUAUUUAUAGUUUAUGGUUUUAUAGUACUGAAGAAAAGGAACAAAUAUAUAAGGUAUUAAAAAAUAUUGUGGAAAAAGCAUACCAAGAAAAGGUAGGAAUUACUCAAGAUAAUACAAAUAACGUGAGUAACAUGAAUAAUAUUUGUAAUGUAAAUAAUAAUAGAAAUAGUAUAUUAACAAAUAUUGGAUCUAUGAAGAAUGGUAGUGUAACCAUGGAAGAAAAAUUAGAAAUUAUAUCUGAGCAAAUGAGGAAAAUGUCCUUACGACCGGAGAAUAAGGAAUCUCACAAGAUUAUACAAAAUGAACAUAUAGAAGAUAAUAACCACAAUGAGGCUAAUAUAUAUAAUAAUAACCACAAUGAGGCCAAUAUAUAUAAUAAUAACCACAAUGAUGACAAUAUAUAUAAUAAUAACCACAAUGAGGCCAAUAUAUAUAAUAAUAACCACAAUGAGGCCAAUAUAUAUAAUAAUAACCACAAUAAUGACAAUAUAUAUAAUAAUAACCACAAUAAUGACAAUAUAUAUAAUAAUAACCACAUCGGUAGUUCUAAUUUUUUGAAGAAAUCAAGUUUAGAAACAAACCUUAUAUCUCCUAACCUAAUAAAUAAUAGUACCAUUAUUAAUCAAAUUAAUAAUAUGACAAGCUUGAAAAAUAUGAAAUAUAACAAGAUGCUUCCCCUCAAGCCUGAUUACAACGUGGGCAAUGAUAAGGAGCACAUAUUAGAAUUAAUAAAAAACAAAAAUGAUAUUGAAAGUAUUAAAAGGAAAAUAAUGAGUGCUGCUGAUAAUACUUUUCCAGACGCAUACUUAAAUAAUUACCACGUGGGUAUUAUAAAUAAUAUGAAUAAUAUGAAUAAUAUGAAUAAUAUAAACAAUGUAAACAAUAUAAAUAAUAUGAGUAAUAUAAAUAAUAUGAGUAAUAUAAAUAAUAUGAGUAAUAUAAAUAAUAUGAGUGAUAUAAAUAAUGUUAAUAGUUUACCUUCCAUAAAUAACAACAAUAAUAAUAAUAAUCAAAGCGGUAAUACAAAUAUAUAUAAUCCAAACAUAAAUGUAAGUACUAAAAAAGAUGAAAAAGCAGGUAGAAAACUUCUUUACCUUAUUAAAGGUCUUUCGAUGGUACAUGAUAAGAAUACGGAACAAAACAUUAUGUUGAACGACGAACUAAAUAAUAAUAAAAGUCCUAAUAUAUUAAAUAAAAGUUAUAUAGAUAAUAAUAAAAAUAAUGGAUCACAUAAUGAAAUUAAUUCAAAGAAAGGAGGUGAAGCUAUCAUGAGCUUAUUAGGGCUCAGUAAAAAUGUUGAUACAAAAUUGGAAGAUGAUAAGAAAAAAAACAAAAAGAAAAAAAAAAAUAAUUCUAUGAAUAAUAGUGUGUUAAGUAGUAAUAAUAAUAUGAUUGAAAAUGUUGACAAUAUGAUUAAAAAUAAUGACAGUAUUAUUAAAAAUAAUGACAGUAUCAUUAAAAAUAAUGAUCAUAUGAUUCAAAACAAUGAUCAUAUGAUUCAAAAUAAUGAUCAUAUGGUUGAUAGUAAUAAUAAUUAUUAUAUUAGUCAUAAUAAUGUUGAUAAAAACGUUGGAGAUAUUGUUAACCUUAAGAAUGCCCAAGCAAAUUUAAAUCAAAAUAUUAUGUACAACAACAUUUGUAAAAAAAAAGAAAGUGGUAUUGGAAACGUGCAGAAAUAUGAAAAUGACUUACAUAAUAAUAGUUCUUUUAAGUAUUCUAAAAAUUUAAAUAAAUAUGAGAAUGAUGAUAUUGUGACUUUGUAUAAUAAUAAUAAUAAUAAUAAUAAUAAUCAUAACCAUACUUUAGGUAUGUCAAAUGAAGGAGAGGAAAAAGAAAUGACAACAGCCUUAUUGAAUAUUAUAAAAAUGAAAUCAAGUAAAACAAAUGUAAAUAACAUAAAUGAGCUGAAUAACAUUAAUGAAUUGAAUAACAUCAACAAAUUGAAUAACAUGAGUAGACAUAACGAUAAUAAUGUGGAAAGCAAUGUGUUAAAUCCUUACAAUACAAAUUCUUAUAAUGUUUUAUUAAAAAUGAAAAGUGAAAUAGAAAAGGAUGAAAAAAAAAUUAUUAAUAUGAUCGACAACAACCAUAAUAACAAGAACAACAAUUAUAAUAUGAAUAAUAAAUCAAGUUUUAAUAAUAAUAUAAAUAACUCUCAUAAUAAUGGAUCUGUCUUUGAAGAAACAAAUCAUAUCGUCAAGUAUGAAAAAAAUAAUAAUAAAUAUGAACAUACAAAUAAUAAUAUAAGUACAAAUACAAGUAAUUUUAAAAAUAAAAGUAUAACGUUAAAUAGAAAUACGAUACAUAAUAUAAUUAAAGAAAUUUUACAAUCUGAUGAAUUUAUAGAUUUGUUAUGGAACAAAUUAACAGCCAAUCAGCACUUUUCUUAA